UAUAAUUAAAGGGACUGAACCCGUAACAGAUAGAUUAUUCAGGUAUUUUAUAAUUAAAGAGACUGAACCCGUAACAGAUAGAUUAUUCAGGUAUAUUAUAAUAAAAGAGACUGAACCCGUAACAGAUAGAUUAUUCAGGUAUUUUAUAAUAAAAGAGACUGAACCCGUAACAGAUGGAUUAUUCAGGUAUUUUUUUAUUAAAGAGACUGAACCCAUAACAGAUAGAUUAUUUAUGUAUUUUACAAUUAAAGGGACUGAACCCGUAACAGAUAGAUUAUUUAUGUAUUUUACAAUUAAAGGGACUGAACCCGUAACAGAUAGAUUAUUCAGUCGAACCGCAAUAAUGACGAAGGACCAAAUCAAGGAAAGAGCUGGUAAUAUAGAUUACAAGGAACGAGCAAGUAUGAUAGGGGAUGCCAGUGAUGUUGGUCCUGAAAGUGCAGAAGGCCUUCUUCUUGGCUUUUGCAGGAACAGCUCAGAUCUUGGAGAAAAAAUUGAAUGCCCUCACCAGUUCGGAAGAUGUUACUACGGCAAUGUGACCUUUAGGUUUCCUGGUGAUGAUAUAGCUGAACCAUAUUGGAUACGAGGCUGCGGGGGGGCUAAACCAACAAGUCAAGUCCAGGUCCACGGGAGCACCUAUCUAAAAGAAUAUAUUCCUGAUUCAAGUGGAGAUAAAUACUUUGCUAAAGAGGGUAUUUGUGAGAAGCUGCCUCAUCCGUGGUUUCCAGAUAUUACAAGAUUUUUCUUUGGCAACCUAUCUCGGGACCCAACCUACGAACAUAUUAAAGAUCACAAAUCUGGAUUACGGAGUUUGCAGGGUGAAAUCUGUCUUUGCAACAGGGAAUUUUGCAAUGGCUCUGAUGGAUUAAAAAGUGUUACUGUAUUUAUGUAUGUUAUUUUUCUUUGUGUAGUUUAUUAAUAAAAAUAUAAAAAAG